AUGAUUCAGCUCAAAUCAGAGUUCAGAGGGCAGAAAAAUCAAUGUCCUUUUUGGAAGAUGAACAACAACGUGGGAUGGAUGGCCAGAGACCUACACCUGGAAGUUGAGGAAAGGGCGGAAUAUCGAAUUUUGGAGGCCUAUAUUCGUAAUCCACCCUCUCAUCCAUCACCUUUGAUCGAGCCCUACUUGAGAGAUGCUGGUUUUUCAUACGUGGCCCUUGUAGGUAGGGGGUGUAAGUUGGACUCGACACUUAUAAGCGUGUUGGUGGAAAGGUGGAGACCCGAGACACAUAUAUUCCAUCUUCCAUGUGGCGAGUGUACUAUUACUUUGGAAGACGUGCAGUUACAGCUCGAGUUACCGGUGGAUGGGUCAGUAGUGACUAGGUCAGUUCAAGCAGCUGAUUGGAGAGACGUAUGCGCCGAACUUUUGGGGAAGGUUUCAGAGACGAUUUUUAGAGGCCGGAUGGAAAUCAGUUGGUUAAGAAGAAAUUUCAGUAGGCUCGACGAGGAUUCGACUGAAGUCCAAAGAGAACAACAUGCUCGGGCGUACAUUCUUCAGAUCAUCGGGGGUAUCCUAAUGCCGGAUAAGUCACGAAAUCUCGUCCAUCUAAGGUGA